AGAUUUUCACUUUGCAGCCCACUGCUUGAAUUGUUUAUUUUAAGUCACACGCCACUGUUAAGUUGCUUUUCACAUACACAUACUUUACUUCGGUGUCUUCUUCACUCAGAGGUGUAGCGGGUAACCCACGAAUAACGGAUCACCAGAUCAUCAUCUGCGAACUUCUGCUUGCUAUUUGGGAGAGGGGUCUCGCAGCUCUCACGAGUAUGAGUUCAUAAUGAAGCGGCGUCUGGAGGAUCAGGAAACGGUUUUUGCGUCCCAGCAGCGGCGCCUCGCUGGCAACGCGGAGGCUUUCCAGCAUCGUGUCCUGGCCCCUGCUCCAGCUCCAGCUGUGUAUGAGGCCGUGACCGACAACAUGCAGCCCACAGCCGGCGUCCAGUACUCCGUCCCCCAGGGAUACCAGGUUCCCACCGUGGCCCAGAACAGUGGCGGACAUGGGCACACUCCAAGCCCAGCCGUCCAUGGAGGGUCCCACCACCACAGCCCGGCAGUUCAGUCCCACGGGCCCUCAGUGAUGUCAGGGCACAGCCAUACAGCUGCUCCUCAAGCUUCUGCACAGGGCCAGCAGCAGUUCCAGAGGCUCAAGGUGGAAGAUGCUUUGUCCUACUUGGAUCAAGUGAAACUGCAGUUUGGCAACCAGCCUCAGGUCUACAACGACUUUUUAGAUAUAAUGAAGGAGUUCAAGUCCCAAAGUAUUGACACUCCUGGGGUCAUCAGCAGAGUGUCACAGCUCUUCAAAGGUCAUCCCGACCUCAUCAUGGGUUUUAACACUUUCCUGCCUCCUGGCUACAAGAUCGAGGUCCAGACCAACGACCUAGUCAACGUGACAACGCCCGGUCAGAUCCACCACAUCACCCCGCAUGGCAUUUCUGUCCAAAACAUCCCCAUAACUGGAGCAGCUACCCAACAUCAGCCCCAGCUCCCUUCUGCUGCGACCACCACUGCUCCACCCCUUCUAACGCAGCCCACCCCUGCCAAGAUGAGCAAGCCACUUCAGCCCCAGGCGUUAACACCGAGCAGCCAGAGCAAUCCGUCCAUCCCAGCAUACACCUCUCCUCGCUCCCCGCCCAUGCAGCUCCAUCCACCGCUCAGCGGGACGCCCACUGGCCCACCCAUGCAGAACAACCAACCCGUUGAGUUCAACCACGCCAUCAACUACGUCAACAAGAUCAAGAACCGCUUCCAGGGUCAGCCCGACAUCUACAAAGCCUUCCUGGAGAUUCUCCACACGUACCAGAAGGAGCAGCGUAACGCUAAGGAGGCUGGAGGGAACUACACACCCGCUCUGACGGAACAGGAGGUGUAUGCUCAGGUGGCCAGGCUCUUCAAGAACCAAGAGGACCUGCUCUCAGAGUUUGGGCAAUUUCUCCCUGAUGCCAACAGUUCAGUGCUGUUAAAUAAAACCACGGCUGAGAAGGCAGAGUCCGUACGGAACGACCACGGUGGAACCGCCAAAAAGCUGCAGCUCAACAACAAGCAGAGGCCCAAUCAGAACGGCUGCCAGAUCCGUCGCCAUCCCACUCCAGGGUCCACACCUCCUGUCAAGAAGAAGCCGAAGUUACUGAAUUUAAAAGAUUCCUCGGUGGCAGAAGCCAGCAAGCAUGGAGUCGGCACAGAAUCUCUGUUCUUUGAGAAGGUGCGCAAAGCCUUGCGGAGUGCAGAGGCCUAUGACAACUUCUUGCGGUGUCUGGUCAUCUUUAAUCAAGAGGUGAUCUCCAGGGCUGAACUGGUGCAGCUGGUGCUUCCCUUUUUAGGAAAAUUUCCUGAGCUGUUCAACUGGUUCAAAAACUUCCUGGGAUAUCGCGAAAUGUCCCACAUUGAAACAUACCCCAAGGAACGGGCCACCGAGGGCAUCGCCAUGGAGAUUGAUUAUGCUUCCUGUAAGAGACUAGGCUCCAGUUACAGAGCCCUGCCCAAAAGUUACCAGCAGCCCAAGUGUACAGGCAGAACUCCACUUUGUAAAGAGGUCUUAAAUGACACAUGGGUGUCCUUCCCCUCCUGGUCUGAAGACUCCACGUUUGUCAGCUCCAAAAAGACUCAGUAUGAGGAGCAUAUCUACAGGUGUGAGGAUGAACGCUUUGAGUUGGAUGUUGUGCUGGAGACCAACCUGGCGACCAUCAGAGUGCUGGAGACGGUACAGCGGAAGUUGUCUCGCAUGUCUGCGGAAGAGCAGGCUAAGUUCCGCUUAGACAACACGCUGGGUGGCUCCUCGGAGGUCAUACACCGCAAAGCCAUUCAGAGGAUAUACGGAGACAAAGCACCCGACAUCAUUGACGGCCUGAAGAAGAACCCUGCUGUUUCUGUUCCCAUUGUGUUAAAAAGGUUAAAGACAAAGGAGGAGGAGUGGCGGGAAGCCCAAAGAGGCUUCAACAAAAUCUGGAGGGAGCAGAACGAGAAGUAUUACCUCAAGUCUCUCGACCAUCAAGGCAUCAACUUCAAACAGAAUGACACCAAAGUGCUUCGAUCCAAGUCCUUGCUAAACGAAAUCGAAAGCAUCUAUGACGAGCGCCAGGAGCAGGCGUCUGAGGAGAAUGCCACCCCACUCACAGGCCCCCACCUCACUCUGGCCUACGAGGACAGCCAGAUCCUGGAGGAUGCAGCGGCACUCAUCAUCCACCACGUCAAGCGGCAGACCAGCAUCCAGAAGGAAGACAAAUACAAGAUCAAGCAGAUCAUCUACCACUUCAUCCCCGACAUGCUGUUCUCUCAGCGGGGCGAGCUCUCAGAUGUGGAGGAGGAAGAGGAGGAGGAAGAGAUGGAACUGGAGGAAGGAGCUUCCAAAAAGCACAACGGCGUCCCCGGCAGUGGGAGCCCCUCCAAGUCCAAGCUGCUGUUCAGCAACACAGCAGCGCAGAAGCUGCGCGGCUGUGACGAUGCCUACAACCUUUUCUACGUCAACAACAACUGGUACAUCUUCCUGCGACUGCACCAGACGUUGUGCUCACGUCUGCUGCGGCUCUACGGACAGGCGGAGCGGCAGAUCGAAGAGGAGGUCAGAGAACGAGACUGGGAGAGGGAAGUCCUGGGACUCAAGAAGGAGAAGAAUGACAAUCCCGCCAUCCAGCUGAGAUUGAAGGAGCCCAUGGACAUUGAGGUGGAGGAUUAUUACUCGGCCUUCUUGGAAAUGGUUAGGAAUUUGCUGGAUGGAAACAUGGAAGCUUCUCAAUAUGAGGACUCAUUGAGAGAAAUGUUCACCAUUCAUGCUUACAUCGCCUUCACAAUGGACAAACUCAUCCAAAGCAUCGUACGGCAGCUUCAGCACAUCGUGAGUGAUGAGAUCUGUGUCCAAGUAACAGACCUCUACCUGGCAGAGAGCACUAACGGGGCCAGCGGAGGAACCAUGUCCACACAGUCUUCAAGGAGCUCUGCAGAGGCGGUGUAUCAGCGGAAAGCCGAGCAGCUCAUGUCUGACGAGAACUGCUUCAAGGUGAUGUUUUUGAGAAACAGAGGGCAGGUGCAGCUCACAGUGGAGCUGCUCGACACAGAGGAAGAGAACUCAGACGAGCCCAUGGAGGCCGAGCGUUGGUCGGAUUAUGUUGGACGCUAUUUAAACCCAGAUUCCACCACUCCUGAGUUGAGGGAGCACCUCGCUCAGAAGCCUGUUUUUCUUCCCAGGAAUCUGAGACGGAUCAGGAAGUACCAGAAGGGCCGAGAGCAGCUGGACAAGGAGGCCUGCGAGGGGGGCAAGAAGUCUUUGGAGAAGGAGAAGAUGGAGUGCAUGUUCAAACUCAACUCUUACAAGAUGGUGUACGUCUUUAAGUCUGAGGAUUACAUGUACCGACGCACUGCCCUGCUGCGAGCUCACCAGUCACAUGAGAGGGUGAGCACGCGACUGCACAAACGCUUCCAGGCCUGGGUGGAGGCGUGGGUCAAAGAGCACGUCACCCGCGACAUGAACGCCGAGACCAACAAGUGGCUGAUGGGCGAAGGACGCGACGGCCUGUUGCCCUGCACCACCACCCGCCACCCAGAGGUCCUUCACUUCAUGAACAUCAACAAGUACCGCGUCAAAUACAGCACACCCAGCAAGGCGCAGUAGCCACACCGGAGCUACGUCAGAGAAAGAGGAGACGGACUGGCUUCUGGGGGUGUUUGGUCUGAAGUCAAACAGGUCAGGACUAGAGGUAGGGACGAGGGCUUAUUCAUGUGUUUUUAAGGCCGACAUGGGAGCACAAUUAAGCUAGCUACCGUGUAAGUUGCACCUGGGGCGGCAGGAUUACUGAUUUUUACCAGCGUUUUUAGCUGGGCCCAUUUUUUCGCAGGGCCUUUGGUGCCAAAACUUAGGAAUGGUCAUGUUCCAGUCGCAGACCUGAGCUUACCAGCACUCAGAGCCACGUCACAAAACUUCCUUGAGCCUUUUUGGACAGGGCUUAUUGACGUAAACAGUGAGCCUGUGAGAGACAGAGUGGUGCUUUUUGUACUUUAUCACAACUGAGCUUCGGUUUAGCCUUCGACUGACCGCGUUGUCUGAAGCCAUCAGAGUAAGAGCACCAUCAAAAUCAAUCAUACAGGGAUUUCUUUAUGAAAGUGUUAUGCUGUAGUAUCCGUGGAAAACAAUAUGAUGGACAAGUGCACUUAUUUAGGAAGAGGAAAGUGUUUCAGAAGUUUCCCAGAUUGAGGGUUUGGAGGGAGCUCAGUAAAGUCUGAGAGAGCUGGUUCAGACAUUCCUGCGUUACGGCCAAAUCACAAUCAUGUAUCAUCACUAGACGGAAAGAGGGUUACAUUUCCUUUUCCAAAACACAUGGCAGCAUUAUUAGAAACUGUGCCUGAGCCCCAAACUGUAUUGUUGGGUUAACAUAGAAAAGCACUGUUGCAUCUAAUAUAAAAAAAAAAAAAAAAAAAAAAAAAAUUAAAAAAAGAAAGAAAAAAAAUUAGCCUCACAACACUGUUUGGUCUCAGACUGUAAAAUUGUAUAGCUUGUGAAUGUCAGAUACUGACAUGUAUUCCAGUGUAUGUGUUGUGUAUAUAUAUUAUAUAUAGUUCUAUUAACACACAUGAUCCUCGCCGCCCUGGAAGUCAACCUUUUUAAGAUGCCCUCCGCCAAUACACCAGCUUGUACACACACACAGACACACACACUCACUCGUCCACAUGCCACUUAUGUUGUAAAUACAUUGUACAUAGUCUCAGACUUUUUAUGACAGAUCUGUGUUGUUGUGCUAGUAAUACUUUCCAAGCUUACUGUGGACUUUAGUGAUAAAUGGCUAAAGUUAGUAUGUAUAUGAAAAAGACAAAUGCAAGACCAUUUAUUACCGUUUUUACCAAAGGGAGUUGAUUAUGAAAUAGCUGUUUUUGCCCCCUUUGUGUGUUCCUUUAUGUCUUUGCUUUUUAAUUUCUGUAGUAAAAACAUGGGGAAACGUAGAAAUGUAUCCAGGUCUUUCAGUUUUUAUAUAAGAAAAGAAAACAACUUUUUUUUUGUUUUUUUCCUUUUCUGAAUGUGACACUUUGUUGGUUAAAAAUCACUGCCCCCUUUUGACAACCGACACCGUCCGUGGUGAUGGUGGGACUUAUUUCAAAGUUCAGUCUUCAGAUGAAUGGACUCCACAACGGUCUCACCUUUGGGAUGCACGCUUUCCCUCCCUGGAUAGAUUUCUGCUGUGAACAUCACCCCACACCAUAUUUUUGAUAAUGGAAGAAGUCACAUGAGCAUGUCUUUAGUCCCUUUAUUUAGACAUUAUUUAAAGUAAUAAUAAAAACGACAUUUGUAGCCUACUGA